AAUCACUUUCACUUGAGGAAGAAUAAAUGAUCCCAACAUUGUCAAAUCACCGUAUGUGUAUCUGUUAUUUAUGGACUACACAGAAGAGAGACGUCUCUCUUAAGUCCAUAAAUCGUCUCUCUGCUCUGACUACACCAAAAGAAAUCCCAACCUCAAUUUUAUAACCCCAACCCGAAUUUAGAAGUGCCCUUUAAAAAUAAGAAUGCCUUUUAAAUAUAUCGGCAGAACUACAGAUUUUAAAGGAAAAACGUUAUGGGAAAUUGUAGGAAACUUAAAAAACUAUGGAAUAGGACGUUAUAUUAAAAGAAACGUUUUUGAGAGAUACCCUGAACCAAGCUUUAUGAAAAUUGUUAAAGUAGAAACUCUCCCAAGUCCCUUAGAGGCUUCAAUGGAUGAUCUACGAAAAGUAAAAGUAUGGGUGGAGAAAACAUUUCGUGGUAGAAAAUUCCCAGAUGUAGUUCCACUUAAAUCUGCAACUUAUAAAUCUGAUUAUGUAUUGAUUCCUAAAGAUGAAGAAAAGAAGUACAGUGACUUAAAACUUGAGCCAAUUCCAGAAAAAAUACUUCCCAGAACAACUAAUUUUCCCCCUUUAUUAAAAGAAUUGAUAUACCGAGAUGCAGAAGUGAAAGGUGAAACAUUAAAAGAGGAGCCUAAAUUAAAGAUUAUUUACAAAGAAAGCAUGCAAAGCUGUUAUCGAGUAGCUAAAGAGGGAGAGACACCCAAUGUGCAAAUUGCUUAUGGAUUAGGAACACCUAUUAGUCCUUCUUUAUAUCAAGGAAUAAAACUAAAAUAAUUUUCUGCAACAAAAUAUUUUUAAGUAGUUGUUAGGUAUUGGUCUUCAUUUUAGUUAUAUAAAGUAAAAUA